GAUGGACCACCAGAUUUUAAGGAGGCAAGAAAAUGGAACGAUCGUUCGCACAAGAUUUACAUGUACCAACCGGAGAUCAGUGGAAAUACGAUAAAUAGCGGAACUAUCAAUGGCGGGACUUUUAAUAAUGGAUUACCCAAGGAAACUGUCUCAAAAGGAAGCAAUCAGAAAAAGGAUGAAAGCGACGAUAUCGACAAGUUCUUUAAAAGUCCCUCCGAAAGAAAAUCAUCCAAUCUAUUUUCGCAAAAAACGGACAACUCAACCAAGAAACGGCGGAAAUCAAGCAAUGAACGAGGUUCCUGUGAAGUGGGCAACGGGAAAGGCAAGGUCGACUCUAUUUCUAUAUCCGAUGAUUCGGAUUACAUACCUGCUUCUGAGGGUGAUGAUAAUUCAGAUCACGUACCAAGUGAUAUUGAAGAUCAGUGUCCUCCACCAUUACUGCUAUCAUCACAACUCGAAAAUUUCCGGGAAUCCUACAAAAAAAUGAGUGUAGCUCACAAGUGGGUUCUCUCUUCUGGGAAGUGCGUCGAGGACACUCUCUUUAAGCAUUGUGAGCGACUGCCAGUUGAAUCAAUUCUACAUUCAUGGGUCAUUGAUCUUGAUGACCAUGAAGUAGAGUCGUUAUUUACAAUCGAAGAAUGGAAUGAAGUCCAGCGUGCAGUCAAAAAGAUGCCAGAGGCUGAUCGUAAUUUUGCAGAUUCUAUGAUGAGAUUUUCGGAUGUUCAAACGACAAGUGAUCUUAGACGAGUCUUAAAGACAACAUCCUAUCUAAAUGAGGAUGAACCUUAUGAUCGAUUAAAACAUUACGAUUCUGAAUGGGCCGAAAUCGUGAUGAGGAAGUUUCUUACGUAUUAUGAAGACCCUAACGAAAUACUGCAAAAGCAACAUCUCGAAUCCUGGUAUGACAUAAAUGUGUGGUCGCUUAUCGUCGAUCACGGUCUCUGUGAUGUGGUUGGAAUGGAAACCGUCAG